AAUCGAGGUAGUUGAAAUUUCUUGGCCUAACUUUUUAUCAUUCAACACGAUGGAUUUAAUUCGGGAGAUUGAAACUGGCACUUGCGAAGGGAAUGUAUUUAAUGGAAAAGAGUAACUCAUUUUGAGAGAAAGCCAUGGCGAAAUUAAACACAAAGCACAGAGUUUGUUCUCGAGAAUCUUCAGUAUCUUCUCUCCUGGCAAGCUGCAGCCUGAGUGGUAGUAGUUCCUCCAGUUCCGACAGCUCGUUUCGGUAUAAGGACCAGCUGUACAGCUCCGCUUCUGAGGCUCUGCAGGCCUAUAUUGAUGAUUUUGACCUAAGCAGAGAGCAUCCUGGUGCAAACACUGUCAACGUAAACAUUGAUGGGGAGGUUGCUAAUGUGCUGCAGUUUUCCAGCUAUGUGCAUACACCAGAUAAUGCUUUUGAAAAUCUUGAUCACAAACAGCACUUUAACCCCUUAUACUAUAGAAGAGAGACUAUUAAUGACAUGGACUCCAUUAGCCUAACAACUGAUGAUUUGUUAAGACUUCCAGCAGACGGAUGCUUUUCCUUCACUUACGUUACACCUGAUCACCGACAAAACAAGAAAAUCAAGAAAUACAUCGGAAGACAGGAUUCUUCGGACAUUAAAAAUAGUUCAAGUUUUUAUGUAGAUGCUACUCCCAAGAGCAAGGAUAAUAUAGUUCCUCCUUCUGUAUAUACAAAUAUAAAUGGAAAGAAAUGUGGCAGGCCCAGAACCCCAGAACCUAUUAACAGAAACAAUAAAUGUGUUUCGGAAUUGUCUUUAUCUUUUCCUAAAGAAUCAUCUUUGAAGGACAGUUCAGAGCACAGUCUUGAAAAGAACUAUCCAAGAUGGCUCACUAGCCAGAAAUCUGACCUUAAUGUCUCAGGGGUAACUAGUAUACCUGAUUUUAAGUAUCCAAUUUGGCUCCAUAAUGAAGACUUGCUACCUGAUGCAAAUACUCCAAGGGUUUAUAAAUUAUUAAAUGAAGAUGAGUAUUGCCCUAUACACAGUUACCAAACACAAAGAACAACUCAGCUUUUAAAUAAAGUAGAUUGUUUUGAAUAUUCUUUUAAACCUUCAGACUUUACAGAUUCCUUCAGUGAGUAUAAAGGAUUAGGUAAUGAAUUUAAAUGUCAGUGUGACAAUCCACUUCUCCCAGGACAAUCCCAAAAGCCAUUCUGUGGUGACAAAAUUGAAUUGCUUAUCCUGAAGGCUAAGAAGAAUCUCAGACAAUCUACUAAAGACUUACCAAAGCCUGUGGAAAAGGAUGACAGUCCUUGCUCCUUAGAUAAACUUGAAGCAGAACGAACAUGGGAAAAUGUCCCUGUUACUUUCAAAUCUCCUGUCCCUGUUAGAGCCGAUGACAGUCCUCAACAAAGUACCAGGACACAGUGUGCUAAUGAGUUUCUUGAGGACUUUUUAAAUGAUGAUAAUCAGAGCUCUACUCUAUCAGGAGGCAAACAUCAUGGUCCUGUUGAAGCUUUGAAACAAAUGUUAUUUAACCUUCAAACAGUACAAGAAAGUUUUAAUCAGAAUAAAAAUCCAGAGCCAGAAGAAGAGAUUAAGCAAGUGUCAGAGGAUGAUUUCUCUAAAUUAGAGAUGAAGGAAAAUAUGAUGCCUAUUACUAGGUCUCUUCACAAGGCCUUACAACAUUUAUCUCGCCUGAGAGACCUGGUUGAUGAUACAAGUGGGAGACAGUCACUGAAGAUGUGAAGAGCAAAAUAAGCCUUCCUGCAAUAAACAGUCACCACACAACGAGCUAUGCACUCUCUGCUACUGCUUACACUGAGAACAUUAGCCAUGCCUUAUUCUUUGACUGGUUCAAGUAUAUUUAUUUCUAAGAAUCUUAACUUGGAAAUAUUCACAGGCCCAAUUUUAUACAAAAACAAAACUGGAAGACACUAAGAUAUAUCCUGAAGUAGUACUUGGAUCGUCAGACCAGAAAAAUUUUAACGUUCAAAUGUGGAUAAUUUCCUUUCUUGCCAUUUACCUGGGCUCAAAUUUUAUUGACAUUCUUAUCAUUUGCCAUUUAAUUCUUAGUUGUAAAAUCGUUUAUCUUCUUCCCAAAUCUUCUAAAUUUUAUAUUUGAAUGUGUGUGUAUUGAAUAUUUUCAAGCAGCUUCAGUAAUACCUACAUUGUUUUAUUAUAGCGGUCACUUUGUUGCUUUUCAAGUUUUAUAAAUUAGAUAUUUAAGAUGUUCUGUUUGUAAACGACAUUUAGUUUGUGACUCAGUGGUAAUGGAAUGUUCUUUUAUUAUGACACCAUAGUGUUUUUUUGUUUUUGUUUUUUUUUUACUUAAUUCAGUUAAUUGAUUCUUUGUAAGAUAAUCUUGAUAAUACUUAACAAUUGGCAAAUCAUUUUAAAGAGUAUAGUUGUGAAUUUAAUAUUUGAUACAUAGUUCCCUACAUUUUAGAUUUGGGUUAACCUUAAUCUGUUAAAAGCUAUGACAUUAUGACACAUCAGAAACUGAACAAAAAAUGACUGUAGAAAAUCUAAAAACAAUUAUAAUUUUAAGCUAUUUACUAUAAUCUUCCAAAUUUAUCUCUAGAUAGAACAGAACAGAGUUGCUACAGUUUCUACUAAGGAAAUAUUAAUAUUUACAAUAAGUAGAAAAUGUCUUCAUCAAGAAUGAAAAUUAUGUAAUAAAGCAAAGGAUGAAUUUAAAACCCUGAUGAAAUUAGUGUAUGGUCAAAUUCUACAAAUUAACAAUUUAAUUUUAUGAAUAAAUUUGUUAUGAAGAAUUUCUAAGUACAUAUGGCCAAAUAAUUCUUUUCAUGAUAUUAAGGCACUAUACAUCAACUAUAACCGAGUAGGCCCUGCCUUUUGUUUCCCUAGCCAGUGAGGUUCCACUUUGCUGCUGAUGACAUUCUGUGUUGUGAUAAAUUCUCCUGCCCAGUGUUAAAAGGGAAGAUUGUAAUAGGAUAAGCAUCAGGUACAUUUGGGAGAGUCAUUUAACCUAAUAAAAUAUACUAUAGACAAGUUUUAAAGAGAGAUCUAGGUUAUAAAUGUCAAUAUAUUUGUCACCCAUAAUAUAUACUAUUCCUGAGAAGCAUCAGAAAAGACAUGGUGCUGUAAUGACUGACAAACAUUCCUUUGAUUACCACCUCCUUUUGCAAGAGCAUGUCUCCAAUAGUAAAUAUAACCAGCUCAUUCUAAAAUUAUGUUACAACCUAUACUUUAAAGCAGUUUAUAUUACCAAGUGAACAUUACUUUUUUCUUUUAUACAUGGAGAAAUUUAUAUAUAUUAUAUGAGACAACUGAAGAGCAAAUGUAAAUGUUCAUAAAGUUCUGCAAAGAGGUAGUUGAGUUCCACGUAUAGUUGAUACUUUAAAGUUUUUUUCUUUAUAGGGUUUUGGAGGAAAAUAUCAAUAUGGAGAUUACUCAAUUAAGAAUUUAAUUAGAUAAUGAGAAAAUUAGAUUUUCAAGAUGUAUUAUAAAUGUAAAAUUGUAUCAGUUCAGUGCUCUUAUCUUACUAUUAAGGUAUAUUGAAAAGAUGUUAAAUUGGUAAAAGGAAGAGGCUUCAGGUUUUUGAGUAUAAACAUUUUUUAAUCAAAGGACUUGGAAAGAUGGUGCACAUUUUUAAUUCACACACUCAGGUGGCAGAGGCAGGUGGAUUUCUGAGUUUGAGGCCAGCCUGGUCUACAGAGGGAGUUCCAGGGCAGCUAAAGCUACAUAGUGAAACCCUGUCUCUCUCAACAAAAAAAUAAAAAUGCAAAGGCCAUGGAGAGAUGGUUCUAUGAAUAUCGUGCUUGCUACUCAUUUUUAACUCAUGCUAAAACAAAAACAAACCAACUAACCAAACUAACAAAGCCAAGCAUAAUAAUGCACGCAUGCUACGAUUCCAGCCUCAGAAUGGCAGAGAAGAGUUUCCUACGGCUUGCUGACCAGCUUGUAUAGUCUAAUGAGUUAGGUCCAUGUCAGAGACACUUUCUCAAAAAAUAAGGCAGAAAGCAUUCCCGAGGCAUGACCCCCAAGGAGGUCCUCUCGCCUCCACCUGCAUGUGCUCACAUUCCACUGAGAGCAGGAAUUCAAGACAUGAACAAUGAGCCAAGACUGACCCGCACUGGCUGUAUAGUCGGGGUGGGUUCCCAUCCAUGUCAGAGAUUCCUCACCAGACUGAGGCGCUGACUCCUACAGUUUGCUUUGGUAUAUAUUGCUGUAGGUUAUUUCUCGCCAAAAUUUAUGAGAUGGGAUUUUCUUGCACUUAAUAUUUUGUUAUUUUGUAUUUAAUAGAUUAGGCUAAUAUCUUAUAUAUCAUAAAAUAAAAUUCUCCAAGUGACUCAACAGUUAAGAGCACAUACUACUCUUCCAGAGGACCUCAGUUUGGUUCCCAGCACCCAAGUUGGGUGACUCACAACCAUGUGUAAUUCCAGUGCCAAAGAAUCCAGUGCCUUGUUUGGUGUCUGCACACACUUGAAUAAAAAUUCUAAUUUAAAAUAUUCUGUAGGAAAAAUCAUAUUUGUUUCUGUGUUUGGAAUAAAUGGAUUUUCUCUAAA